AUGGGUGCUGAAAACGAUCACAACGGGGUACGAGCUGCAGUUCGCCCGUCCCCCUCCGUCAUUCGGAGGGUUAAAAAUGAUGAGUAUAUCUUUCCUACAGACCAGUCCAAACAGAAUUCAAGCAUCAGCAUUGGCUUUGUGGUUUAUGACAAUGACCUCCUUUUCCAGUCGAAAGUCUUCAAGUCUUCUCUUGGCAGCAACAGGAAGGUUAUCUCCGGCAGUUUAGGGCCUGUUGCACCUGAGCAUGUGAACUUGCAGUUCAAACCCAUGAAUGUGUCUAACAAAGUCCUGCAUGACUUUGCCUGUGUGUUCUGGGACUACAGCCUGAAUGACUGGAGCACCAAGGGCUGCUCCAAAGCCAACCUCUCAACUGGUAGUCUCCAGUGUCGCUGUAACCACACUACUAACUUAGCUGUGCUCAUGUCUUUCAGGGAGGAUAAUAUAUAUGCUGAACCUUUGAGCUGGAUGAGCAAUAUUGGUUGCACUCUUUCUAUAAUGGGACUGAUCAUAACAAUAAUAUUCCAAAUUAUGACCAGGAAGACCCGACAGAGCUCUCCAACAAUUCUUCUGGUGAGCAUCUGUGUAUCCAUGACCAUCUUCUACUUCCUCUUCCUCUUCGGAAUCAAAAACCCCAACGCCAGUUUAAACCGGGACAUCAGAGCGUCAGAGGAAAACACCAUCCCGUCAUCUGACCUCUACCAGGAUCCUGACAAAGGGCCCUGCACUGCACUCACUGCCCUGAUGCAGUACUUCCUGUUAGCCACCUUCACCUGGAACACACUCUACGCUGUGUACAUAUUCCUGCUGUUUAAAAACACCUUCUCAGGUCCACCAAGAGGCUUUCAGGGAAUCUCCAUAGAAACAGGUUGGGGAUUCCCUGCAGUUGUGGUUGCAAUCACAUUGGGAGUGACCUACAGGGUGGAUAAACCUCUGGGCUAUCGACGGGAAGGGUUCACAAACAAGGCCACGUUAAAGAAGAAGUUCAUGGCAAGCUUCUCUUUGGCGGCUCUUCUCGGUCUCACCUGGAUUUUGGGCUACCUGGUGCUCGCUACCAGAGAUAGUACACUGAACUUCAUCUUCAGCAUUGCAUUUUGUGUGUGUAACACCACUCAGGGCUUGCAUAUCUUCAUUUUAUUUACAGUGAGAACACCCAUCUUCCAAAGGAUGCUUUUGUCUGUGGCAAACAUCAUGUCUGUUCCAGAAGUUGCUCUUCACAAAGAGGUUUACAGCCUUAGUGACUCAUUCCCCAGACCAUAG